AUGGCAUCGAUGGAGACUGUUAAAGUAUCAAUUGUGACUGACCGUACACCUAACAUCGUCUCAUGUUCUAGCAACUUUACAGCUGAGGAGUUGUGUAUUCUUUUAUGCAAAAAAUAUAACAUACCUCCUCUUACACGUACUUUGUUUGCAUUAAGAGUCAAAGGCACUGAUUAUUUCCUGAAAGAUAACAGCCUGGUCCUUGCCAGCUCUCGAGAUUAUGAGUUGAGGAUUCGCUUCAAGGUUCCCAGACUAAGUCUUCUUAUAACAUUAGAUGAGACAACUUAUGAUUAUUAUUUUCAACAAGCACGAAAUGAUGUAAAUGAAAACAAAGUACCAGAAAUAAAGUAUCCCGAACAUAAGCAAGAACUGCUUGGAUUGGGUAUUGCUGAUAUGACCCGUGCCAUACUGGAAGAAAAAUUACCAUUGAAUGAUGUUGUUAGAAACUACAAGAAAUAUAUUCCUAAAGUUAUAGUGAGAAGACAUGGUCCUUUUCCAAAAAAAUAUGCACAUGAUUAUCUUCCACAACUUUGUUCUGUGGGCCAUAAUGUUAACUAUGUAAAAAAUCUAUACCUGCAGCAGUUGUAUGGCUUAGCUCCAAACUAUUUGUCAGAAGAGUAUGAUAAUGUUUUGUGGCAAAACGGUGAAGAUGUUAUACCUGUACGUGUAGUAGUGGCACCUUUUCAUCCGCAUCAACCUGGAAUAAGACUGUACAAUACACUAAAACGUGAUUGGUUUCAUGUUUGUACUAUAGAAGAGUUAAUUUACCUAACAAGAAAUGGUGACAAUUCAGUUGAAGUUUCUAGACGGGGAACACCGUUAUUUUUCAAAUUUAAAAAGGAAGAGCAACUAUCAUCAUUUAUUUCAAUAUGUGAUGGAUACUAUAGGUUGAUGGUAAAAUGGACAUUUAAUUUAUCAAAAGACGACGAAACACCCUCCUUGAAAGAAUUACACAGGAUAAAAUGCCAUGGCCCUGUCGGGGGUGCAUUCUCAUAUCGUAAAUUAGAGGAGAAACGUGGAAAGAAACACGGUUGUUACAUAUUAAGGCAAUGUCAGGAUGACUAUAACGUGUUCUAUUUGGACGUUUGUACGAAAAACAGCACAACUGAGACAUAUAGGUUGGAAUUUAAGGGACAUUGCUACAUAAUUAAUAAAGAGGAGUACUUCAGCAUUGAAAGGCUAGUCAGUUGUCAUCAAAACCCUGAAGGAAGGAUAUUCCUAAAUGAAUGUAUACCUCCUUCAGAAUAUGACAAAUCCCAGUUACUUUUGUGUGGUGAGCCGGUAAAGAAAGGUGUUCGAAUUGACCAGGCGGAAUUGCAGGAAAUACUUAAGGACAAUAAGAGUCCACGGUGUCUGCCUAACAAAGACAUAUUACUCUAUACAGGAUCUGAAAAGAUGGGAUCUGAAAAUGUAACAGCUACAUACAAAGCAUUGUGGAAACUCGACGAAACCAAGAAACUCGUGGUUGCUUUUAAAACACUUCAAAGGGAUAAAGCUGCGGACUAUUUAAAGGAUUUCAUUGAACUGGCGAGUAAAUGGGCAUGUGUACAAUCUAGUUCAAUUGUCAGAUUAUAUGGAGUUACACUAAGUUCACCCACUGCAAUGGUUCUGGAAUAUUUACCCUACGGACCAUUUGACGAUUAUUUAAGGGAGCACGGCGAGCGCGUGAAGCUGCUGCAGCUGAAGAAGGUGUGCGCGGGGCUGGCACGCGCGCUGUGGGACCUGUCGGAGGCGGGCGUAGCGCACGGCGGCCUGCGCUGCCGCCGGCUGCUGCUGGCCGCCUGCGCGCCCGACCGCCUCGUCGUCAAGCUCGCCGGGCCCACGCUGCGCACCUACACCAACCAAGAUGUCCAUUGGAUACCAGUAGAAUUCUAUUCCGAUUUAAAUUUGGCGAAGAGAUCUGUAGUGGCUGACAUUUGGGCGUUUGCAACUACGCUUUGGGAGAUUUUCUCAUAUGGACAAUCGCCCAAUGAAACUAAUCCUGUGUUGACUGCAAGGAGCUAUGAGAUGGGAGAUCGUUUGUUACGGCCAGCGCGAUGUCCGAGCGAAGUAUGGGCGCUGAUGCGACAGUGUUGGCAGAGUGACCCGUUACGCCCUCAGGAGAUCAUGCGAGACAUGAAUCACAUGCUACAUAGAGAAUAUGUACCAAUACAUACAUAUGAGGAACCAAAGAUUUCCCUUGACCACUUGGAACAUGCUGAAACAGUUUCUAGUGAUAGAUUUAUACCGAGCGAAUUAAGCGACGCUGGCAGCAACAAGUCAUUAAUUUCUGUCGAUAGUAGUGUGGCAUCGAUGAACGGCACUAUGUCUGAUCAGUAUGACAAUCCUUUCUCGGACAACAAGAGCUCCAAUUCGCUGGAGAACAUGAACGCGCUCGCGUACGCUCUGCGCGGCGAGGCGUGCGAGGCGGGCUCGGCGUGCAGCGGGCGCAGCAGCGCGUGCGGUGCGCGCCCCGAGCAUGACGAGCUGGCCGCCUGCGCCGCGCCGCGCCUCAUGGAGUCCAUCGUGUCGCAGGGCAAGACCUACCUUGUCACGCUCACCAAGAAGAUCGGCAGUGGUAAUUACGGUCAUGUAUACAAGGGAUGGAUGGAACGUGACAACCAGGAAUCUCAGAGGAAAGAAGUGGCGGUAAAGAAAUUAACUCGGCAGGCGUCUGAGAGAAACGGGAACCUGUAUGAGGACUUCAAGAACGAAUUGGAGAUAAUGAAGUCGCUGCAACACAUUAACAUAGUGGAGAUCCUGGGCUACUCGUGGGAUUACGGGUCCGACGUGCUCAUUGUUAUGGAGUACUUAGAAGAGGGCUCGCUCAACUACUAUCUCAAGUUCCAAGGAGAUAAGCUGCGAAUCUCGCAUCUGCUUAAAUAUGCCAAAGAUAUUGCCACCGGAAUGGAUCACGUGUCUGCCAAAAACGUGGUGCACCGUGAUUUGGCUACGCGAAAUAUCCUUGUUGUAAACAAAUAUCACGUGAAGAUCUCAGACUUCGGUCUUGCGAGGAUAAUACCAAAGGAGGAGAGUGCAUAUAGAAUCAAAACCGAGCGAUUGCUCCCUAUUAAUUGGUAUGCACCUGAGUCGGCGGUAGAGCCGUGGCAUUUCUCGACGAAGAGUGACGUUUGGUCGUAUGGCGUUACUGCUUGGGAGAUCUUCACCCGAGCCCGACAAGAAGUGCCCAAGUUUGACGUUGAGCGACCGAGAGAACGCGCUUCUUGUUUCCAAAUACCUGAGGGCUGUCCUUCAGAAAUAUUUAGACACCUGAUGAAGGACUGUUGGACCGUAGACCCGAACUUGAGGCCGAAGUUCAUCGAUCUGGUACAUAUGUGCAAAAGGUUUAUGGACGAAUAUAAAUGA